AUGGUUUGGCCAGCAUCAAGUCGCCCGCAGGCUCUCAUCCACAACUCCUACACUCUCCACAGCCCCCAUCGACCCCGCAAUCAUGGCAAGCAAAGCAGCCCAUAAACGUCUCGCUAAGGAGUUUGUGAGCAUGCAGAAAGAGCCGCCCCCAUUUGUGUGGGCAACACCAGACGAAAAGAACAUCUUGACUUGGAAUUACCUUAUCCGCGGUCCUCCUGAUUCACCUUUUGCUGGCGGAGAAUAUCACGGUGUACUCAUUUUCCCCGCGGAAUACCCCUUCAAGCCACCGGGCAUCAAGAUGUUUACCCCUUCCGGUCGAUUCCAACCUGACAAGAAGAUUUGUUUCUCCAUGUCUGAUUUCCAUCCUGGUACCUGGAAUCCCGCCUGGAGUGUCGCCACGAUACUCACAGGAUUGCUGUCGUUCAUGCUCUCCGACGAGAUGACCACCGGCUCAGUGACGUCGUCAGAUGGUCACAAACGAGCUUAUGCUGCUCGCAGUCACUCUCAUAAUUUAACACAACCAAGAUUUAGAGAAGCUUUCCCAGACGGACAGGAGUACCGUUUCAUUCGGAUCAGAGUGUCAUACCCAAGCUCCUGAGGUACUGUACGGAUACUCUCAGAGAUCUACCAAAUAUGGGCG